AUGUAUGCACAGGCUUUUUCAGAGCAUGUAAGUGAUCAGUUUAGGCUUACCAUGGACACUCAUGGACCAGCUACUACUACGUCGGGCAAACUAGAUAGUACAGGAGCAGAUAUGGAUUUUGUGCAUGCGUUCAAAUAUACUAGUUGGCCAAGCGAGGCCAAUGAAUGGUUGAGUAGACAUCGAUUGUAUAACUGGCCGAAUAAAUGUUUGAGGGAUCAGGUAGUACAAGGUGGUUGCCAUCUUGUCCCUGUAGGAGAUAAAACGUCAGCCGACACAUUCCUACAAUGGAGAAUUUCGUUCGCGACUGCGGAACGCAAGCUCAUUCAUUCUCUCAGUCAUGUCCAGUUCCUAGUGUAUUGUCUUCUUAAGUACCUUUUAAAACAGAUAUCUGGGAAGUUGAAACAAAUAUAUGGGGAUACAGAUAUUCUCUCAUCAUAUAUUAUCAAAACAAAUAUACUCAAUGCGGUAGAAAACACACAUUUAUCUUUAUGGGAAGAAAAGAAUAUAUUUCUGUGUUUCAUGCUGUGUUUAAAUAUUUUGGCCACGUGGGUGAAAGCAGGAUAUUGUCCUAAUUACUUUAUAUACAAGAAUAAUAUGUUCCUUGGGAAAGUUCAUGGUAACAAUCAACAAAACCUGCUUCGUUUACUUGUUGAACUCCGUGAUAUGACAUGGGGUUGUCUAUCAAUAGGAACAUUCUUCCAAUCAUCUAUAGGAGAGUAUAUUCAGAGAGUGAAGAAUGGAGCCUGGGAACUAGUACUGCCUACACCAGUAAGAUCAGAAAGAGAAAUUGAUAUCACAAUAUUCGUAAAGUCCUUUUUUUUGUCUGAUGCAACUGAUGUACUGCCCGCUUUGAAACUUCUGAGCAAAUCAAAGUCGGACAUGGAUGAAUUCAUAGCUUACAACAAUACAGUACAAUUACUCUGUUUGAAAGGGAAGGAGGCAUUUGAGAAACAAGCUCCUCUCGAAGGAAACAAACAGAGGUAUAAAUAUCUUAAGAAAUGUAAGAAGUUUAUAUCACCAUUUGCCGUGGUUUGUACUAGUCCGGGUCUACUGACGUUGGCAACCUAUCACUACCAGACUGGGAAUUACAUGAAAACACUGGAAAUGUGUGGACACCUAAUCUCUUCGUGGAAAGUUUUCGAUGGAAAUAUUAGUGAGAAGGAUGGAGAUAGAUAUGAACAUCUCUACUGUGGGCGUGGGUAUAGUAUUUUGUACAAAUUUCAGCAAGCAUGUGUAUCAUCCAUAGAUUUUAGAGAAACUUAUCCAAAUUUCUGUCCAGUUCAUUUACAACAAGAGUUAACGAACGUCAGUAGUAUCCAACUACUUAUCCCACCACUCCCUUACGCCGUGUUCCUAACCUUUCUGUGUUACCAUGAGCUUAACGAUACAAGAAGGCGUGACACAGCACUGAUUGAACUUCGGGCCGUGAAGUAUGAUAGGCACCAGGGAGGAAGUAUAUACUGGAUUGUCCACAACCUCUUAGGGAUCUGUUACGAAAUGGUCGGUGACAUACGCAGUGCUCUCAGGGAAUACAAGGACUCUCUGGGCGGUACAAGAAUUUUUCAACAUAAAAAUCCUGCUAUGGAGAGGAUAGAACGACUCGAAUAUUAACAAUAACGGCAAAAAAAUUUUUCAAUGCUGUGUAAAGGAUCAACAUCAACAGGAAUGAUUUGGUAAUUGUGUUAAAUUAAACACGGUAUUCUGUGCGUGUGAAAUGUACAUAUUAUAUAAGAUUGAUAUGUACACAAUAUUCCGUAACAGCACAGGCGUCUGCUUCUAGUUGGUAUUGUAAGAAUAGAGGGCUAAUAUUUUUUUCUAUGUAUACUAACUAGAUGCCUGUGGUAGGAGCGAGUUAUCCAAAACACAGGUACAUGGGAUAAGAAAUUAUAUAUUGUAUAUAAUAUACCCUCGUUUUACUAUAUAAAAUUGUAUUUGGGGUAAGAAAUUAUAUAUUGUAUAUAUAAUAUAUAGCCUCUUAUCACUAUAUAAAAUGGAGAAGCUCCAUUCUAUAUAGUAAUACGAGGCUAUAUACUAUAUAUAUAUAUAGUUUCUUACCUGUGAUCAAAACAUAUUUUAAUGAACUACGUUGACAAAGUUUCGACAUCACGAAUAGUAUAAGGAAAUAGAUAUUCCUGGACAGGAUGAUACGGGGCCGAAAGAUGGUGGCCAUCAGCAGGAAGUCAAUACUUGUACAUGAACAAUUGAAAAACCUACAUUUUAAUUCCAUGACGCGUUUAAAUAUUUUAGCCACAUGGGUGAAUGCGAAGCAUCGCUCUUACUUCUUUAUUAAAACUGAACAAUAUUUUCAUUUGUGAAAGUUCAUGGCGAAAUCUACAAGAACUCCUUUGUUUACUUGUUGAACUCCAGGAUAUGGCAUGGAAUUGUUAUUGAUUGGAACAAGCUUCAAACUGUACUUCUGUAGAAAAUGUCAACAUUGUUAGAAAUCCACUGUAUCUUUUCCGCUCGGAAAAAGAAUGUGAAUUGAGAAUAUUCUCAGAGACUAUUUCAUUUUAAUUUUAGCGACGAUGUACUUCCAAAAGUGAAUAAUACCACAAAAGUGCAAGAUAACUGACGCUGUCAUCCCAUCACUACCAAACUGGGAAUUAGACAUCAGAAAUGUGUAUACAUGAUCUCAUCGUGGACACUUCCGCUGGUGGUGCUCCUAGUGUAACUAAUCGAGACAGUUAUGAAGUUUACUGUGGGGCGGGUAUACUCUUCUAAACAAAUAUCACAGGCAUGUAUAGCAAGUAUUGACAGUUCCGUCUAUACCAGUUCCAACCAGAGCAAACAAAACCAACGGGAGGAUUCAUGUACUUGAUAUCCCUGUGCUCUCCUACGAUGUGUUCCUCGCGUUCCUUUGACACCAUGAACGUGUUUUUUUUUGUGUGUCUGUGAUAUUUGUCAUCAUGUAAGCGAGUUCCAAACCAAAAACUCACAUCAACAACAGAACAUGGUGGAGAAUCCAAACCCGGUCAACUGACGACAGUAUGUUGCUUUUUUAUUGUGUAUUCGCCGGUUUAACCGGCGAGUCAGUCUCGGCUCGUCGGCCAGACAUAAGACAUCAUCACGCCAUGUGAUUUUCUGGCGGGAAGUUGAAAAGUGAUAAUGGACUUUCUCUGAAGAAGAAUUAUAUUCUGAUGAAGUUUCCUGUGUUUUGAUAUUGAUACAACCAACAUUUUCUUUUGAAUAUCUUUGAUUCGUUGUUUCCGAAACAUGUUGUAUAUGUUUCUGAUUAUUUUAUGACUUUUGUCAAAACGAUGACGUCAUCAUAAGUUGAAAAAAGCCGGCACUUCUUACAUCUUACAGUUGUUUUCAUUUCCAAUGGAAAGAAGUUCCUUCAUCGCCAUGAUAUAUCUUCGUACUUCGUAUAUAUUAUUAUCCAGUAUCCUGUCUCUGACAUCGACACCCGUGUACAUGUGUAACCAUCACACAUCAGCCAGUCGAACCACGUGGACGAUGAACUAAACUUUACCAACUCAGGCGAGGGAUAACGGAAUGAUCAUUGUUUCAUUUGUUUGACAGUUUAAUUAAAAAAUGUUCCAGUCUAACAACAUGUUUAGAAAUCCAGUUAAUCAACUCCAUACAGAACUUUGAAUUUAGAUAUGAACUUAUAUCGGUACUAACAGUGUCUUUUCUGCAAAAUUUACCAUUUUAUAAAGGGGACAGUCAUCACGUGAACUUGAAGAAACUGAACAAUAUCACACGAGUGCAAUGUAUAACAAAAAUAUGUACCUUUUAUCUAGCUCUUGAUUUAUCAAUGUUGAUUAUUAUGAUUAUUGCUCUUUUGCCAUGUCUUGAUUAUAUUGCACAACAUCAUUGUUUUCCAAAUGCUAGGGAAUGUUUUUUCUCAGAUAUAUUAUAUCAGAAAUAUACUAUUAAUAAAGAGCGAAAUCUCUGCUGAUAUUACUGUAGAUAACAUGUUAUAUUUGGUUUACAUUUUCAAGGAUGAGCAAAACAUAACCAGCUUCAUACAGUUGGGGUGUAUACACCAAAUGAUACAGUUGAUGAAUGGCUAAGUGUAGUAUCCUAAUAUUUACACUGUGUAAUGUUUUUGAACAUUUGAGAUUUUAUGCUAGUAAUACUUUGUGAUAUUGAUAUAUAUGUAUUAAAUUGUAUUAUGUAGAAUUAUGGUACUGUAAUGAGAAAUUAACGCCAUGCUGAGGUAUUUUUCAGCACGUAUAUAAAGCUACGAUAAUGCUGGUAAGGAUAGAUUAAAGGCUGGCAGGUUGUAUUGUGUAUUGUAUAUAAGUUUUAUUAUGGCCAAUUGCUCUAUAACUUUAAAUCACAUGGUCUUAUGACGCAACAUGAUGAUACUGUAAUAUAACAAGUAGGUUGAGUAUUGCCAGAACGAACUAUAAAUACGCUUUAUGUCAUUUGAAUAUGUAUGCAAGUAUUCUUGUUUUAAAUAUUGAUGUUGAUCUCUUUCAUCUUUGCUAUUUUGUCUGGAUGGAGUAUAUGUGGUCCAUUUUGAGCUCAAUGGAAAAUGUAAGUGUGAAUGCUUGAUAUCAGGAAUAGCAUAAUAUGAGAAAGAUUUUUUGUACUUGGUAGUAUUAUACAGUAAAUUACAUAUUAUAAAAGACAGUUUUCAGAAGAAAACACAUAUAAAGUACAUCUAUACAGAGUCCCGACACUUUAUCACUAGCCCUCAACCUCUGGGCUGCGAGUUCGAAACCUACGUGGGGCAGUUGCCAGGUACU